AUGAUCAAACUCGCCAACUUCAAGUCAAACCAAGCUUUCAAACUCCUCUGGCUGAUACAACCACCUGAUACCGGUGAAAGCCUUCGCCUGCUCUGUUAUAUACAGGGGCUCCAAUCUUGCAGAUACCAUCUUUACACGUUCUGGCUGUUCGUCUUCAGCGAUUUGAAAACCAUCGUCGUACCAAGUACCAUUUUCGGAAUCACAAAUGGUUGGGCCGCACCAAAAUACGGUCUGCACGCUUCCAGUCAGCUUGUACGCCCUCAGAAUACCAUCGAUCUUCUAAGCUUGAUUGGCAGAGGCCUGACGGUCUUGUUAUGGGUCGUGAUAAACUUUAUCCCAUUCGCCAUCAACAACCAGCGCGGCGAACGGGCAGUCGCCGAGGAUCUCCUCAACAAGCCCUGGCGACCCUUUCCAAGUCAUCGAAUUUCCCACAAAUACGCCACACGGAUCAUGGUAGCGCUGUACAUAUUCGCACCCUUGUAUAGUAUGAUCUUUAGCGGAGGAACCCGACACUCUGGCUUAUUGAUAAUCCUGGGAUUGUGGUACAACAACUGGGGUGGCGCAGACAAUGGCCCGAUAGUACGAAACGUCACCAAUGCGCUGGGCUAUACAUGUUUCGUAUCCGGAGCCAUGGAAGUGUUCCUGGGCGGCUCUGCUCUGCCCCUUCAUCCUGGGGAGUUGUUGGGACAAUGGCAUCUGGUCAUUACUGCUGUUAUCUUCUCAACUGUUCAUCUGCAGGAUAUGUCCGACCAGCCUGGUGAUGCCCGGCGUGGUCGUCGCACAGCCCCUCUUGUGUGGGGUGAUGGUUUUACUCGGUGGACGAUCGCUGUGCCAUUGGUCACUUGGGGGUCCUUUGCGGAUCAGACAGUGCUGAUAACCGGCGCCAAUGUCGGCUUAGGGUUAGAAGCUGCACGCCAUGUCACGCGACUGGGCGCCUCUCGAGUGAUCCUCGGCGUUCGCAAUGUGAAAGCUGGCGAAACUGCGAAGGAGGACAUUGAGAAGUCCACAGGCCGCUCAGGCGUGUGUGAAGUGUGGGAGGUAGACCUAUCCUCAUACGCAUCCGUCAUCGCAUUCAGCGAGCGUAUCGCGAAGCUCCCCAGCCUGGAUGUAGCCAUCCUCAAUGCCGCCAUUGCAACAGGAGAGUUCUCAACACCCGAAGGCUAUGAGCGAAGUAUCACCGUGAAUGUGAUCAGCACCCUCCUUCUCGGACUCCUCCUCCUCCCAACGCUAAAGUCGACCCGAAAACUGUUCCCAUCACGCACGCCCCACCUCACAUUCGUCGUGAGCGAAGUCCAUGGCUGGGUCAGCUUCCCCGAAUGGAAAGAAGAUCAACCGAUGAAAACAAUCAGCGACCCAACAAAGGCGAACAUGCGCGAGCGCUACCAAUUGUCGAAGUUGCUCGAGGUGUUGCUCGUGCAGGAACUAGCAGGCCGGGUUCGCGGAUCAGAGGUCAUCAUCAACAUGGUCAACCCUGGUCUGUGCCACUCACAGCUCGGAAGGGAGGGAGGAUGGAGCUUCAUGCUGUUCAAGUUGGCCCUGGCUCGGUCUACCGAUGUUGGCUCGCGGACCCUUGUAGCCGGGGCUACAGCUGGACUCGAAAGCCACGGCGCAUAUAUGACAGAUGGACAUGUGGAGAAUACGGCUCUUUCGCCAUUUGUGCGUAGUGACGAAGGGCGCCAAGCGCGCGAGAAGUUGUGGAGUGAGUUGUCGUCGAUCUUGGAGGGUGUUCGUCCUGGUAUUAUGCAGAACGUGUAA